AAGCAGUUAAAUAAGAGAGCGUAUUCGGACACCCUGUAGGUGGAAGGAACUCGUAGCACGGGAGUAGCGGGCGUCGGCUGGUUAGAAGGAACGAACGUGUGGGUCGGUGGGAGGUUCAACAGAGAGAGGGAAGAAAGAGAGAGAAACAAAGAAAAAGACAGAGAAAGGGAAAGAAGGUUCGAAGCGUAACGCUUUGGGACGCUGCUCCUCGUGCUGCAGAAGCGAGCAGAUCCCGAGCGAGUCUGCGGCUGUCGUAAGCCAUAGCAGCCACCGCGUGCUCUCUCACUCUCCCUCUCUCUUACUUCUUUUCGCUCUCUCUCUCUCUCUCUCUCUUUCUUGCUCUCCCUCUGUCUGUCUUUUUCUUUCUCUCUUUCUUUCGUCGCGAGCAACGACGCCACGUUCGUCUCACAAGAAUCUCUCUUUCUCUCAGUAUCGGCUCGUCUCGUAGAGCACGACGACGACGACGACGAGGACGAGGACGAGGACGAGGACGAGCCACGAGUGGAAAAGUGGUUUUCAUUAAAAACGAAGAAAAGAAAAAGAAGAGGAGGAGAGAAAGGGUUUCACUCUGUGCGUGAAAGGAUACGCGAGAGAGAGAGAGAGAGAGAGAGAAAGAGAGAGAGCGGUAUCCUUUCUUCUUUCUCUUCUUCUUCCUAUUCUUCUUCGAUGAACAUCAUCGUAUCACCUGUAUCAGCAUCGAAUUACUACAAAUCGAUUUAAUAUAUAUCCAACAACAUGAUGAUGAGGAAAUCGUCUCUUUUUGGUUUAUUCACGUCUUAUUUACUUCUCGGCAUACUGUCGGCUUUGAUCGUAUCCAACGUCGUUGCGGAAAGGACGCAUAUCACUCAACACGGACCAUCAGAAUGUCCGAUCAAGUGCAUGUGCUAUCAGAAAACCGUCCGAUGUAUGUUUCAGAAACUCAAUCGCGUGCCACGAGUACCGACCAAUACUACAGUUCUGGACGUAAGAUUUAACAACAUAGCGGAACUACGAGCUGGAACGUUUCAUGGUUUGAAGCAUUUACACACCCUACUACUUAAUGAUAAUCAUAUCAAACAUAUACCAGCAAAUGCUUUUGAGGGUGCUCCUAAUCUACGGAUUCUCUAUUUGUACAAGAAUCGAAUCGAAGAUAUAUCAGCCAAUGCUUUCUCUCAUCUUCCAAAAUUAGAACAACUUUAUUUGCAUUACAAUCGUCUAACGGACAUAGGCAAAGGUACUUUCAACAAUCUACCAUCGUUGGAACGUCUUUUUCUUCAUAACAAUAUGUUACAACGUCUUCCUGCUGAUGCCUUCCAAAAUGUUGGCCCAAUGACACGACUCCGUCUCGAUAGUAAUGAAUUAGUUUGCGACUGUAAUCUCCUAUGGUUGGUGGAGAGACUUGAGAAAAGACCAACCGAUGAAAUGGCAGCGAUAUGUCAAUAUCCUAAUGAGAUGAAGGGUAAACCGUUAACAACUAUGACGAGCAGAGAUUUUCAUUGCACAAAGCCGCGUAUAAUGGAGGGUCCGGAAGAUAUCGAAGUUAAGAUCGGUGACACUGUAACGUUUACUUGUCGAGUGAUAGGAGAUCCUGAGCCGGAAGUGAAAUGGAUGAGAGAUUCUAGCGAACUUUAUGUUGAUGGUGAACGGUUUUUUAUUCAAGAGGAUGGUACGUUAGUUAUAUCUGAUGUCACUGAAGAAGACACCGGUGAAUACGAAUGUAUAGCUAGUAGUGACAUGGGUUCGACUAAAUCAAGAAAAGCCAGAGCUUUGAUAAUCGCUUCAUCUUUAAGAUUUAGUCAAUUGCCAGAAUCACAGACAAUUACAGCUGGUUCAGAUGUUUCAUUCGUAUGUAAAGCCGAGGGUAAUCCCAAACCUCUUAUACAGUGGUGGAAUAAUGAUCAACUUCUCUCUACUGGUGGACGUAUAUUACUAGACAAUGAUGGAAGCGUACUUCGUAUUCUAGCCGCAAAAGAAUCCGACGCAGCUAGAUAUGUUUGUCGUGCUAGUAAUUCCAAUGGUUACGCAGAGACCAGCGUUGAUCUCAAUGUUUUAAACAGUGAAUACAGUCCACCAAAACUGACCUAUCAACCUCAUGAUAUGGAAGCAGAACCUGGAGCUAUAGUCGAAGUGCCUUGCAGAGCUGAGGGUAGACCGAAACCAUUAAUACAGUGGAAAAAAGAUGGUACUUCUAUUGCAGGUGAUAGGACUCGUGUUUCUCGCGCUGGUAGUCUUUAUCUGUACAAUGUCACGUCUCAAGAUACUGGAAGGUAUGAAUGUUCGGCUGUAAACGACUACGGUCGUGCUACUGCUCAAGCUCUGGUUCGUGUUCGUCAAGUAGGAACGACAGACGCGCUCAUUAUAAGAGCAUUCAAGGAUGCUUCAGAAGAAAUAGAUAGAGCCAUCAACAAGACCUUGAAAAAUUUGUUCAACAGCGAUGGUACAUCUCGACGAAUCGAUCCAUUUCGAGUCACACGAUUUCCAAAUGCGAUCGGUCGUGCUGCUGCUAAGCCAGCAGAGCUUUUCGAAAGAACACUGGUUAAUAUUCGACGUAUGGUGAAUUCUGGUGCAGCUGCCAACGUGACCAAUGAAUUUCUUUACGAAGAAAUCCUGACACCCGAACAGGUAUUAGAGAUCGAAAGAUUAUCUGGAUGUACGGGUCACAGGAGACGGAGGAAUUGUACAAAUAUAUGUUUUCAUCACAAGUAUCGUAGUAUAGACGGUAGUUGUAACAAUUUUAAGCAUCCGACUUGGGGUUCAUCGUACACAGGAUUCCGAAGAAUUCUCCAACCUAUUUACGAAAAUGGUUUUUCUAUGCCGAUAGGAUGGCAAAAGGAUCGUCGUUAUUAUGGAUAUCCAAAACCAGCAGCACGUCUCGUUUCGACUACCUUGAUAUCUACCCAUGAUAUCACUUCCGAUGAUAAAAUCACUCAUAUGGUAAUGCAAUGGGGCCAAUUUUUGGAUCACGAUCUUGAUCACGCUUUGCCAUCGGUAUCUAGCGAAUCUUGGGAUGGUAUAGAUUGUAAAAAAUCUUGUGACAAUGCCGCACCUUGUUUCCCCAUGGAAGUACCACCUGGUGAUCCUCGUAUAAGCAAUAGAAGAUGCAUUGAUUUCGUUAGGACCAGCGCUGUUUGUGGUUCCGGAGAGACAAGCGUAUUAUGGGGUAACUUAAUGCCUCGCGAACAAUUGAAUCAACUUACUAGUUAUUUAGAUGCUUCCCAAGUUUACGGCUAUGAUGACGAACUCGCUCGAGAUCUUCGAGAUCUAACGACGAAUCAUGGAUUAUUGCGAGAAGGUUCAAUAUUUCCAGGUCGCAAAGCUUUACUUCCUUAUGCAUCUGGUCAAUUUGUCGACUGUCGUCGAAAUCCUUUAGAGAGUUCUAUAAAUUGUUUCGUUGCUGGUGAUAUUCGUGCUAACGAGCAAGUAGGCUUAUUAGCGAUGCAUACAAUAUGGCUGCGAGAACAUAAUCGAAUAGCUCGUCAAUUACGUGAAUUAAAUCCACAUUGGAACGGUGAAAAGUUAUAUCAAGAAUCAAGACGAAUUGUGGGUGCUGAGAUGCAACACAUUACCUUCCAAUAUUGGAUACCACUUGUAUUGGGUAAUACAACUGAUGAACUUUUAGGACCUUACAGGAGAUACGAUCCUGAUUUAGAUGCUAGUAUAUCGAAUGUUUUCGCUACAGCAGCCCUUCGUUUCGGCCACUCUUUGAUACAACCACGUUUAGAACGAUUAAACGAAUCUUUCCAGUCUAUUCCACAAGGUGCUCUACCUUUACGUGAUGCUUUCUUUGCACCAUGGAGAUUAGUCGAAGAAGGUGGUGUAGAUCCCUUGAUAAGAGGAAUGUACGCUACAGCAGCGAAACUCAAAUUACCCGAACAAAAUCUUAAUCUCGAAUUGACGGAACAACUCUUUCGUACAGCUCAUGCAGUAGCUUUGGAUCUAGCUGCUAUGAAUAUUCAACGUUCUCGAGACCAUGGUAUCCCAGGUUAUUUGGAGUGGCGAAAAUAUUGCAACAUGUCACAUAUAGAAACUUUCGAUGAUUUAGUCGUUGAUAUAAAAGAUCCUAAAGUCCGACAAAAACUUCGAGAACUCUAUGGACAUCCUGGUAAUAUAGAUGUAUGGGUUGGUGGUAUUCUCGAAGAUCAACUUCCUGAUGCCAAGGUCGGUCCGUUGUUUAAAUGUCUCUUGGUAGAACAAUUUCGUCGGAUUAGAAACGGUGAUAGAUUUUGGUACGAAAAUCCUUCUAAUUUCCGACCCGAACAGUUAGCCCAAAUACAACAAGUUACCUUGGCAAGGAUACUUUGCGAUAAUGGUGAUAAAAUCGAUCGCGUACAACCCAAUGUUUUUCUUUUACCAAAUGAAAAUGAUAACAAGUUUAUCUCUUGCGAUAAUAUACCAUAUCUAGAUUUAACCAUGUGGUCUGAUUGUUGCGAUAAUUGUGAGGACAAUAGCAAUAUUAUAUCUCGUUUCCGACGAAACGCUGCUAAAUAUUUAUCGCCUACGCAUAAUAAUCUAGAAUUUCAAGUAAUUUCCGCCAAAGAUAGCGAGAAAAUAGAUUAUUUGGAAAAAAUGAUCGAGGAGACCGAAGAGAAAUCUGAAAAACUUCAAAGAUAUGCAGAUGCUUUAUCACAGAGGAUAAAAGAAUUAAAAUCGUUAUUAUCUAAUGCCAAAACGUUGAAAUAACAUGAUAAAUAUUAUAUUAUUCGUUAAAGAAUUUUUUAAUGUAUUUUUCUAUGCAUUUCUUUGAAAUUUCACACGUGCUUUUCAUCAACACCAAAUUUCUAUGCAUUUAUUGUACAUAUAGUAAAGAUGGUAAUACACAUGCGAGUUAGAAGUGUGAGAAAGAAUAGAGAUACUUUCUUUUUUAAAGUUAUACCAGGUGCUGAGAAUAAAUAUCAGCAGAUAUUUUGGAUUAUAUUUACAAUUAAUUUUACUUUGCUAAAAACUUCGCAAUAACUUUAAUAUAUUUUUAUGAAUACAUCAAUUUACGAAUACAUCAAUUGAGAAAGUAUAUUGAUUAUUGAGAUAAACAAAUAUUUUUGUUUAGAUAUCUAUGUAUAUAUAUAUAUAUAUAUAUAUCUUUAUGUAACAUAUUACAUAAUAAUUAUAAAACCUUAGAUAUACCUUCAUGCGAUAAACUUUGUAUGCUGACCAUUAGCAAUAAUAUCUUUGCCAUUAUUUUUGGUAAGAUCUACAGCAAGAUAUGCUAGAGUACGUCCAGCACGUAUAGUUUUAGCAUCAACUGUGACCAAUUCACCAGGAAAUGCAGGUUUCAUAUAUCUGUGCCAUUGACAUAUGUAAAAUGAAGAAAACUUAGAUACAUAUAUAUUAUAAAUAAAAAGAAAUAUUUUAAAUCCUAUCCUAUAAUUUGUGUUAUUAUAAGUUAUGCUAGUUAUUAUAAGAAAAGCAAAAUAUAUAUAUACAGUAAUGGAGUAUGUACUGUAUAAAGAUAAUAGUCAAAGAUGGAACUAAGUAACGAAGAUGAAACUGCAACGCAGAUGAUGUAUACCAAUAUACCAAUUAUAAAUCUGUUUCUGCAUGUUUCUAAGUAUUGUAAUAAAAUAAUGAACAUAAGGUAAAA